AAUCUAUCAUUAAGAAACAUAUGUACAAAAUAUGGCAGGAAAACUGGGCCAUCACAAUCACAGGGAGACAUUUAUAUAACAUACAACCACAAAUCAAAAAGAGUGAAACACGGGGCAGGAAUAGAAGAGAAGAAAUUAUCAUAACACGACUCAGGAUAGGGCAUGCAGGGCUUAACCAAACGUUACAUAAAAUAGGGAAGCAUCCGACAGGCCUGUGCUCAGAGUGUUCACGGUUAUAAACAGUUCAGCAUGUAUUACUGGAGUGCAGUAAGUAUAAGGAGGAGCGAAAGAGGGUGAGGCAAAUGUUGCAGAGAGAAAAACAGGAGUUAACUUUAGGUAGUCUUUUAGGGAGUGCAUUACAGAAAGGAUUAGGUGUUCUAAUGAAUUAUUUGACGGUAACGGGGUUAGGAAAUAGGAUAUAGGUUUUGUUUUUGUUUUUGUUUUGUUUUUUCUGACCAUCUCUUGACUCACACUCCAGUCCAGUAGGUGGCGGUAAAUGCACCUAAAAGUUGGUUGCCAACCGCCAAUAAAAAGAACGAAAGAAAGAAAGAACUCGUCCUGAUAGGCUGUGGGAUACAUGGGAGGGGCUGCGCAGAAGUUUUCCUGCAGCUACAACUCAACAAAUCUCAAUUCUCAGUGAGGUGGUGUCUUCAGAUCAAGAAAAACUACAACUUUCAGCCUGACAAAAUGAUUUGGAGAAGAAAACUUUUGACGCCUGCAAUGUUUUUGAUCAUUGUGAUGAAAGUCUUCACUGGUCACACUCUAACAUGUCAUCCAGCAGAAUAUCAGAUAGGGAAUGAAUGCUGUCCAAUGUGUCCUGCAGGAAGUCGAGUUAAAACUGAUUGUACAGAGUUCAGAACGACAUCAUGUCUGCCCUGCCUCGAUGGAACAUAUGUGGAAAAACCCACUGGGCGGAAAAAUUGUUUCGACUGCACCAACUGUGAUGAAGGUUUGGGUCUGAAGGUAAAGACAUCAUGUACAACAACAUCAAAUACAGUUUGUGAACCACUGGAGGGAUUCUACUGUAUUGAUCCAAGAGGGAACAACUGUGUAGCAGCACAGAAACACACAAUCUGUCAUCCAGGACAAUACAUCAACCAAAAAGGAACAGCCUUCACAGACACUGUGUGCUCUGACUGCAGCGCUGGAACAUUUUCAGAUGGAACAUUUACAUCUUGUCAGCCACAUUUUCAAUGUGAAUCAAACCUUCAAGUGAUAAAACCAGGAACUUCUUCUACUGAUGCUGAAUGUGGAGAAAAACGUUCAAAUGUCGCAGCAAUUGUGGCUAUUGUCUGUGUUUUAUUUAUUUUAUUAAUAAUUGCUGCAGUAGUUUAUUGGUUUUGCUUCAGAAAGAAGAAAAUGUGUUACAGACCAGAAGAAAAAAACACAAAUCCAGUCAUUUUCAGUCAACCUUCGUUAGAAAAUGGAGAACUAUCACCAUCAGAGACUGUUCCUAUGAGAAUAUCACCAGACUAAAACCAUCUGCAGGACAACAGGUAGGACUCAGAGUCCUGCAGAGUAAAAGUACUUCAGAGUCCAGUUUUAAUCCAUCUGGAUGCUGACACAUCGUCUUUGCAGUUUACUGAAGUAAAACAACAGUGAGCUGAGUUUCCUGCUUCCUGCUGGAUCUUUGUCUGACUACAGAAAACAAAGUUUCUCUGGAAUACAUCCAUCCAUUCUCUAUACACCGCUUUAUCCUCACUAGUGUCGCAGGGGGUGCUGGAGCCUAUCCCAGCUGACUCGAGUAAAGGCAGAGGACACCCUGGACAGGUCACCAGUCUGUCUCAGGGCUACAUAUACAGACACACAAUCACACUCACAUUCACACCUACAGACAAUUUAGAAUUAUCAAUUAAUCUCAGCAUAUUUUUGGACUGUGGGAGGAAGCCGGAGUGCCCGGAGAAAACCCACACAUGCACAGGGAGAACAUGCAAACUCCAUGCAGAAAGAUCCCAGGCCCACCCCGGGAUUCAAACUGGGGAUCUUCUUGCUGCAAGGCGAAAGUGCUAACCACUAUGCCGCUGUGCAGCCCCUCUGGAAUACAACAGAUGGAAAAUAAAUUUAUAGACUCACUGACUCCAUUGAUCUUCUGCUCACAGUUGGAGCAACUUCAGACUGAAGCUGGACUUUAAAUGAGGACAAACUGCUGGAACAGAAGAUAAUGUGACUUUUUCUGAAGCAUGAUGGACUAAUGGCUGCCAUGAGGUGGAAGAUUUUCUGAACAACUGACUGUUUUAUGAAGCUGCACAGGUUGUAAAUUUAAACCAGUUUGUGGUCAACAGCACUACAGUUGCAAUCAUUUGGGUUUUUUUUUCAUGUUUUUGCAGUUUCUGUUCCUCAGUUUCAUGCUGUCAGUUUCUCUUUCCAAUUGAGUAUACAUUCAGUUUGCUUUUUUGUGUAAAUAUUGUACAGAUUUCCAUCUGCAGAUGGAAAUUAGCUUAAAGCUAACUGUGGAGCAAUGCAUCAAAUGGAAACAUUUAUGUUUAAUAUUGUACAUGGUCCCUUUUUAAAUAAACUGAUAAUAAUAAAAAGA